AUGGAAAUAGUCUGGGAGGUGCUUUUUCUUCUUCAAGCCAAUUUCAUCGUCUGCAUAUCAGCUCAACAGAAUUCACCAAAAAUCCAUGAAGGCUGGUGGGCAUACAAGGAGGUGGUCCAGGGAAGCUUUGUUCCAGUUCCUUCUUUCUGGGGAUUGGUGAACUCAGCUUGGAAUCUCUGCUCUGUGGGGAAACGACAGUCACCCGUCAACAUAGAGACCAGUCACAUGAUCUUCGAUCCCUUUCUGACACCUCUGCGCAUCAACACUGGAGGCAGGAAGGUCAGUGGGACCAUGUACAACACUGGAAGGCAUGUUUCCCUCCGCCUGGACAAGGAGCACUUGGUCAACAUUUCAGGAGGGCCCAUGACAUAUAGCCACCGACUGGAGGAAAUCCGGCUACACUUCGGGAGUGAGGACAGCCAAGGGUCCGAGCACCUCCUCAAUGGACAGGCCUUCUCUGGGGAGGUACAACUCAUCCACUAUAACCAUGAGCUAUACACAAAUGUCACAGAAGCUGCGAAGAGUCCAAACGGAUUGGUGGUAGUUUCUAUAUUUAUAAAAGUUUCUGAUUCAUCAAACCCAUUUCUUAAUCGAAUGCUCAACAGAGAUACUAUCACAAGAAUAACGUAUAAAAAUGAUGCAUAUUUACUACAGGGACUUAAUAUAGAGGAACUGUAUCCAGAGACCUCUAGUUUCAUCACUUACGAUGGGUCGAUGACUAUCCCGCCCUGCUAUGAGACAGCGAGUUGGAUAAUAAUGAACAAGCCUGUAUACAUAACCAGGAUGCAGAUGCAUUCCCUACGCCUCCUCAGCCAGAAUCAGCCAUCGCAGAUCUUUCUGAGCAUGAGCGACAACUUCAGGCCCGUGCAGCCCCUCAACAACCGCUGUAUCCGCACCAACAUCAACUUCAGUUUACAGGGGAAGGACUGUCCUAACAACAGGGCCCAGAAGCUGCAGUACAGAGUAAACGAAUGGCUCCUCAAGUAG